UCGAGUACUCGCCGUUCGUGUGCACUUGCUCGCGGUAGCAUCUUCAACAUUCGUCCGCGUCUGCGCUUCCUACGCACUCCCAAACAGACUUAAGUCAUAUUUCAUCCUAAAAGUGACUUAAUUUAUACUUAAAUUUAAAUCUAAAAAAGUGAAAAUGCACUCGUUUGAUAAAGACUUUCAAUACUUUCUUAAAAUCUAAUUUAAAAUGUGAUUUUGUGCGUUGAGAACUAAAAACACGAACAAACAGUGCACAGCAAGUGGGUAAUGACUUUAUUCUUGGAUCGUGCAACCGGUGACUUAUUUGCUCAACGCGCCCAGACAACCUUGCAAGAUGCUGAGAGCCUGAUCGAGCAUGCCGCUGUAAAUUCGCCGUCCACCGAUGCGACGCAUGCGGCGCCUUUUCUUCGCGCUGACUCUGAUUUUCCAAUGGAAAGUCGGGGUGGCGUUGCACCAUCUUGGCCAGCAGGGCGGCGCGAUUAUCACUACCAUCACACGCCAGAAUAACGGUGAUUUAUUUGCCGCCCAAGGUGUAAAAUGCAGCGCGGAGACUUGCAUCGGCCUCAGCAGUGGCACGGCGGACGUAUCCAGUGACACGCCGUGUACCUGUCAAUGCCAUUCGCAUUUACCAGCGUUCCGCGAAGAUCUGCAGAUCUGCGUGGACGACAUUCACGAAUGCGUCUUGUCACCGUUUGUAUCUGGAUCGACAUCACAACAAAUUCCUUUUGUUUUUCUGCCGCUCAAAGGACAAAUUAUACAUCCAAGCAAAGAAAUCAGUUUUGCCGGCAUCCAGACGCCAUUAUGCGCUGUGUCCGGAGCCAAGUUUCUAACCGAUGGCGGAUGGAUAGAUCUACGAAAUCCGAUCGACACCGAUGUCCCCUUCAGAUUAUUUCGCGACGAAGGACGAACGUUUCUACAAUGGGUUGGCGAACCGGAACUUCGCAAUCGCAUGGGAGGUCGCCUCGUCCUCGUCCACCUGAUGUGCAGGGAAAUUGCCAGCAGCCUUGACCCAACGCCGGAUCCACCAACGAUAUUCACGCCGUGUGUUGCAUUUCGCGUUGUUGGCACUCCAAUGAAAUAUUUAAACAAUGUUAGUGAAGUUGUGUUUGCACCUGAUACAUCGACGGAUAACGAAUCGUCAUCCGGUCUUUCCGUUUCUGAAUAUGUCGCAAUCGGAAUCUGUUCAGUUCUUUUGGGUCUCAUUUAUGUGGCGUCCGUUUUUCUAUACUUGCACAUUCGACGACGGCGGAAGGAAGUCGAUAAAACUAAUGAAAGAAAUGAUAAGCAAGGAUUGGCUGAGGAGGGAGUGGUCAAAAAUAAUCCAUUGUUAAAUUUGGUGCGCCAUUUUCCCACACCGGAAAACACUUUCAGUGAUUCUAAUAGUUCUGAUACUGAACCUAAUAUGGACGUGAUGCAACAACAUGAAGAACGCAAGAAAAACAUCCAAUUAACUUCCGUUAUGAUACAUCCGCAAUACCAACACAAAUAUGAAGCGCAAGCGGCAAAUCAAACAAUGCUCCAGGAAUCUAUUGAAAGGCUUCCGGAAGAAAAUGUUUCAAUUGUGGAGACUGUAGAAGGACGAGAAGAUCGACCUGAUUCCGUUAAAAUUAUCGGCACGGCACGAAGAAAACUUUAUUUCAAUCCAGCUUACUUUGAACCUCAUUUACUAAUUGCUCCUCCACCAGCUGCUAUUGAAUUUCUAACAAAAAUUCGUGAAGUUAUUUGCAUUGCAAAACAAAAAAUGGCGGCCAAGAAGUUCACUCCUAACCUAAUUGGUAUUCCGGAAGAAGAUCCCAGUUAUCUGGUGGAAGUAGGUUCGGAAUUCUCUAAAACCGUAAUCAAUAGACGCGGGAGUUCAGUAAGUCUAAAACGGGAGAACAGUCGCAGAAAAACGUGCACCGGAUGUCCGGGCUGUGAACCGCAAGAGUUCAACUCGCUGACCGGAAAGUUGCCCCAAUAUUCCACCCUAGGCGCUUGUGAAAACUGCGCACUGAGUUCAGACAGCAAGCAGCAAAGUAUUCGCAAGUGGUUGGAAGAUGUUCCUGUUAUCAAACAAUCCGAUGGUCCCAAAUCACUACAAUUGCAAUCAAAAAGUCGAAAACUCCGUUCUCCAACCAGAUCAUUAUCACCUGAUCAUCUGAUUACACCCCACAUACGUAAAAUUGCACCGCGACCUGCAGCUGAACCAACAAUCGACUGCGAAACAAAAUCCGCGUCUUCAAAUCGCUCAAAUAGGUCACGAAAGAGCAGCAGUACAAUUAAAACCGUACGUAGUACAACCAGACCAAAGGCACCGCCUCCCCUACCACCUACCCAAGUAAAAACAAAGCAAUCCACAGUUAAAGUACAAAAAACACAAAAAACACAUAACAUCUACGACGUGGUGGCAGCGCCCAAAGGUAAAGCACCACUCCCGCCCCGGAUAUGAUCCAUGAAGCCAUCAUGCUUGCGCGCAUCAAAGCAACACACGUCGACGAGCAGCUCGUCCACGUCAACAUCAAAGGCGACCACAGUUGCUAAGCCGAUUAUCAAUAAAAUAGACAAUCUAAAAUUAGCAUCCAAGGCGGUCUACGAAGCGGACAGCUUGGAACGCACCAAAAAGGGUUUCAGCACACCUCCUGAAUACGUAGACGUGUCUUCAUCACAACCCAGUCCUAGUUUGAGUGGUGCCUUGCCCAUGGAUGAAGAAAUGACCAUGCAAAACGCGAUAAUUAACACCAAAACCGGUAACAUGACAAUAUCCAAACUGAAUAUGAGCAACGUGAUGCCAUCUGACGAUCAUGACUAUGAGUUGAUUGUUUUAAAGAAAGGCAACAACGCGGGGAGUAUAUUUAAACUUCCUGAGUUGUUACAGAGAAAAAACACUGGGUAUAGUUUAGUUAGUGAGGUGUAUGUUAAUAACGGGUACAAUUACAGCAGUCAACCAUCAACACCAACUGAUUCUGAUUGUUCAACGUUGGAGAGAGCUCCAAAAAUUAUUUAUGAACCUAAUAAACCAGGACAUUUACUUAUAGAAGUUGAAGAUUGUCCGGAUAAUUACAUCAGAGCUGAGGAAUCGGAUGCUUUUGAACCUGACACUCUUGAUAGGAAACCCAAAAUGAAAUUGUACAAACGUAUUGAUGGCGAAUUCAUUGAUUCUUUAGAAAGGCCCAAGCCUAUUAUGUUGAGGACAAAUGGAACCUUCAAAAAAGAUGCUUCUGCUUUGACCCAAGAGGGUAUUAAUGAAGCUUUCGAGAAAAGUUUUAGUAGUUUACGAGAAAUCUACGAAGCAAAAAUUAAGAAACCUUUAAAUGAUGUAGAAGCACAAACAACAUGGCCGCAUCAUGAAGAAGAAGAAGAUUACGAAGGACGAAUUCUAACCUUAGAGGAACGUCAUUCCAAAAGACAACGAAAGUCACCAAUAUCCAUACCACCAGAUAUAAUACCACCUGAUAUGAAGGAACCGGAAGUACCAAUCUAUGAACACCCUAAACCACCGAGACCUGUCGAAAAUACAAAACCGCCUCUACCGCCAAAAAACGGUACGCUUAAAGGCACUGGACCUGUGAAAUACACAGAUGUAAGCAUCCUCAACAACUUUAUACAUUCAGAAGACGUCAUUUUUAAAAAUGGCAUCAAUAAUCAACUGAUUUUACAAGCGUCCAUUACAAACAACGUAGACUGUCCAGUUGACCUCGUAAGUAAACCCAAGAAGAUCUGGAAGAAGGUUAUCAAAGUGAAACAAGAUGACAGCGGAUAUCUAAGCACAGAUUCCAAUGAAUCUCAUCACAAAAAGAAGCGGGAAUUGUGCAGUGGUGGUAGUGAAACAGACGAAAGUCUCGGUGAUGGUCAAAGUGAAUCAGGCGCGGAAAGUAUCGAAACACAUUCUGUAUUCUUCGGUAGUUUUAGAAAAACAACAAAUGUCACUAGUUCAUUAGACAGUGGCGUUGGUUCGGACUCAAAACAUCAUUGAUUCAUCAAUCGGGUUCCUAGUUUAUAUAAAUAUAUUAGCCAUACAAUUAUUUAAAACAAAUAUGAUUAGUUUAGUUGUAGAAAUAUUUCGAGUGUAAUUUUUGUACAUAAACUCACACACACCGUGUGAGAUUAAUUGAUAACAGGCCGGACGUGCAAUAUCGUAGUGUAUAAGCUACAGCAAUAUUAAUAUUAAUUUAUUUCCUAGUGUAAGUCACAUUAGUUUAAUCUAUUUAAUGUUUAUUGUGUACAAUUAAUUAAUUAACGGCUAAAUAAGCCAAAUUACUGUUAAUGAAACGUCGUGCAAUUUCCGUGCAAUAUUUUUCUGUUUUAUUGUUUUGAUUCUGCUCAAGUAAACACGAAUUUUGUGAUAAUGUUGUGCAAUAUAUUGAAAUUUGUGCAAUAUUCGUAAGCCAGUAACACGCGUAGCAAACAAUUAGUGUUAUAGAUAUUAUUAAUUAAGGGGAAGUUGAAUUUAAAAAUGGGAAGUAGUUUCAGUUCGUAUCGGAGGAAGUAGUUAAGUAUCGGUAGGAACAGAACGGCAGUCGCUUCAAAGUACCUGCAAAACAAAACGUUGUACAUAGAAACACAAGGGCUAAGGGUUACGUAAACGUUUGGGGCGCGGUGAUGGCUUUUUGUAUUUUUUGCAGAAUAUUUAACACGUAUGUAGGGCAAGACUGAAAGAUUUCGAAACAGAUUUAAUAUAUUUUGUUAUCUAUAGUAUCUUUCCAAUGUCACGAUCGAUUAUUUUAGUUAUUUAUUAAUAAUUCAUAAACUAUUCAACGUACAUUCAAAAUUUUUUUACAAACACUUUCAGUAUUAAAUUGUCUAUAUAUUUAUGCAAAAGUAUAUAGUAAUCAUGAUUUUAUAAAAAGUUACCGCACAAUAUGUGUCAAUUUUAUAUUUUUUACUAAAUUGAAGUUUAAUUGUUUAUAACUUUUUAUGGAAAAUUAUGAUUGGCAAAAAUUUAGCAUAAUUAAUGUAGAAAUUAAUGCUAAAUAGAUUUAUGAAAGAAUUUUGUUAAAAUAUCAAAUAGUUUUUGAGUUAUUAUUGAAAAACUGGAACUAAUGGCGUCGUGACAAUGCAACCACAAUAAAAGUAAUUUAAAUUAAAAAAAUAGUUACUUAAUAAUCGAUAAUUAUUAAUUUUUAUAUCUUUACGACAUGUUGUAUUUUGUAUUUGAUGUAUAUAAUAAAUGUUUUCCAUUUUUGUAAGUA